AUGUCUGUGCAGGAAGAUCCCUAUUCCUCGGUGGAGGCCAUCCGAGAACUAGCAAACACUGACCCUGAUAUGGCCAAAAUGCUCAAGGAUGGCUCGAUAGAUGCUAGGACAUUUCCGUCAUUCGAGGCGAUGGUACAGAUGUGUCGCGAGCAUCCUCCAUCCCCCGGCCCGCAGCUGAGAACCGAGUGGCCUCGCUACGCCAAGAUGCGUGAUGGUCACACUCACGAAAUCCGCGUAUAUAAGCCGGAUGACCUGGCAGAGGGCCCGUUGGUGGUCCUCAUAUAUGGAGGCGGCUUCUGUAUGGGGCAUUACUCACACUUCGGCUCUUAUUCUAGGGCUAUUGCAUCUCUGUAUGGUGCAACUGUUGUGAACAUCAGCUACCGCCUCGCUCCAGAGUUCAAGUUCCCGAUGGCGCCUAAUGACGUUGGUAUAUGGCUGAACGUUCCGCUCCUCCUUGUCCAAGAAAUCAUCCCCGACGACCAGCGAGAGCUGUGGAUUUCUAGAGAGCAAAACGCCGAAGCCAUGAUCAUCAACGAAGAAUCGAUGGGCUUCAUUCGCAGCUCGUACAACCCGCACGUUACCUCGCCCGACUUCUCUCCUGUCAACCAGCAGGGAGCACACACAGGGCUCCCUCCAACCCACAUCCAGGUUUGCGGCCAAGACCCGUUGAGGGAUGACGGCUUGAUCUACGAGAGGAUCUUGCGGAAGCAUGGCGUGAAAACCAAGCUGGAUGUGUACCCGGGUAUUCCCCAUGCAGGGCCGUAUUUCUUUCCCACACUUCCCAUCGCGGUCAAACACAAUAUGGAUGUCUUGAAGGGAUUUGGGUGGAUGUUGGGAAAGGAUGCGAGCGAAGAGCGGUACCAGCUGGCAUUAGAGACAAUGACAACGCCUGCGUAG